AUGACGAGCGCAGACGAGCUGCCUGUCGACCUCAGCUUAUUCAUUGCCACCCCAAGCACCAUCUACGCACACAGCAGCUCCGCAAGGAAACGGACACUGUUCGAAUGCACAUCGGACGGAAUCGUGAACGCUCGGGCAGCAAAGGACAACAGUAGCUUGCUAGUGGUUGCCGAUAGCCAGCUCGUCAUCUUCCACGACCCUGCGCGCGGAGGUGACAAGAAGUAUGCGCUAAAGCACUACGAGGGCGAGCCUCGUCUGCUUGUCUUUUCGCCCGACUCGCGCAUUCUUUACUUCACCACCACGCUCAGCACUUCGAUACAAGCCUACUGCAUUCCGACGGGUGAGCUCCUCCCGCCACCUCAGAUACACCCUUCACCACCUAGCAUCCUCUCCAUCUCGUCGGACGGAAACAUUCUACUUUCCGCGUCGCCUGCCCCACCGAAGAUCUACUUGCAAGAUUUGAGGUUCGGUGGCAGUGCCUCGGUGAGCUUCCAGCCAGCAGACGCCAGAUCCCCCGCAGCGUUCGCUACCUUCCAGUCAAACGAGAUCCCGACUCCAUCGUACACCUCGUUCCUUUUGGGCUUCCAGGACGGUACACUUUCGCUGUAUAGGUUGGCGCUUCCAACGCGCCGCCAGUCAUACCAAGAUUUGCACCACAAUCAGACGCAAGCAUUCCUGCUUCGGCCGACGCGGAUCGGAUGCAUCAGGAAGCUACACAAGCCAGCGAUGGGUGGAAUCACCGCUGCUGAGUUCAUCCCCGGGUACAAAGCUCGAGCAGUCAGUGUGGGUCAUGAUGGACGCUGUCGGCUAGUAGACCUUGAAGGUCGCGGACAAGUGCUCAGGACGUAG